UUAUCCAAAAAAAUAAAAAUUUGAAUUCGAAGUUUAAUCGCUAGUAUCAUACUAUUGCAGUAAUAUAAUCAAGAAUUACACCUAACUCAUACAGUUUUACAAAUAAAAUCUCUCAUAUAACCGUUACUUGAUGAUACAUGAUAAAUAUGUACGUGUAUAAUUGUAAAUUAUAAACGAUGAUUUCAAUCACAUUUUCAAAAUACCCCUUUAAACCAAGGAAUCAGAAGGAGAGAGAAGAAGAAAUCUCUGUUAAAAGGUUUAAGGAUCUUUAUAUAGAUUAGAGUUAGGGUUUGACCCGCUGUUAUUGAGUUUUGGAUUGGACUCUCUUUUGAGCCUCAAAAGCUUAGAUUCAUGGUUUUGAGACAAGAUGAUCGACCUUGAUGGCUACUUAAUCAUAUUAUUAAUUAUUUAGUUAUGUGUGCACCAAAAUUGCUCUUAACUCUUAAGGUUACUUAGCUUAAGGCUCUGUUCAUUAAAGAAAGGAGAAAAUUGGGGAGGAAAGGAAAAGUUGGAGAGAGUGAUAAGUUGACGAUAGUGAAAUAAUGAGGUGAAAGUGAUAUUCAGUUUUUCACUUCUAACCCAGCUUUCCACACCUCUAUUUUUCAUCCUUCGUGAACAGAGGGUUAGAAGUGAAAAAAUUGUGGGUUGGUCUGUGAGAACGCAUCAGAUUAGGGAUGGUAAUUGAAACAUUACCCAUGGGUACGUAUUCUACUCAAUCCAAUUCGGUCAAAGCGAGUAACACUCACAUUGACGGAUUUUGGAUCGAGUGUGGGUAAACCCCGCUUUUGGAAUUGGUCAGUUGGAUGAGAUACGAGUUUAGCCAAAAUCUAACUCAAUAUCCACCCAACCCACUCAUGAAUAGAAAAAUUACGUUGUUUUGUUUAUAACCCUAAUAAUAUGAUACAAUGUAUAAAAGCAAUUAGCUGCCUGCUAUGCUAACAUAAUUCUAAUAAGACAUCUAACUAUUGAAGUUAUUAGCCUUCAUAUCAAUAUAGUUAUAGAAGUUUUUUUUUUUUUUUGGUUAACAUAAGGAAGUGCGUGUUCGGAGAAAUUAUUUUCGUUAUAUUCGUGAUCACGUGAGUACCCAUGCACCCACGGGUGCCCAGCUAUCCAUUGAGUUGGGUAGGAUUUCUCUUCCACAGUAGGUAUUUUACAGAAUUUUUAUGCCGAUACACUUGUUGAGUUUGGAUUUGAAUUUUGAGAAAUCCGACCUGAUUGUCAUCCCUACACCAAACUUUAGUCUUGUCGUUUCUUUUUCACUGCAGCAAUGAAGUACAUGUAAAACUUGGCAGCAGCAGCUUGGUUAAGUAGCAAAAGGGGGGGCAAAUUAGCAGUUUAGCACCAUCGAUUUCAUGGCCUUUUCUUUGGGUGAAAAAGGAAGAACAUCGCCAUUUCUCUUAGUAGCAACAUUUUCUAAAUAAAGGCUUUGAGACAGAGGCUGUCGUUGGUGUCGAUCGACUGUUGCCUUCAUUCAUUCCCACUACGACUAUAUAUGCCCAAAAGGAAGUCGACAACUUGGGUACACAACCACCUUUCUUUACCUUUCCUAAAUGAUCCUUUCUUUUCCUUUCCACGUACAUAUUUACUCACAAAGAGAGACAUCGAGAUCUUAUAAUGGCUUAGGAACUUACGCACAAGCUUUCUGGAGGAGAUAAAAGAAUUAAAGAUAAGUUUGCUACCUCCAUCGUGUCAUCUACACCCUUUGAAAAAAAUCACGAAUGGGCGACUCAAGUGAUAAUACAUGAGGUUAGAAUCAUGGGCGGAGGCGGGGAUAAAUUUCGGAGGAACAAAAAUAAGUCAUAUAUUGGUGAUGGGACAAUACAACUACAAGUCGUAUUGUAGUAUUUUGUCACUGUAGCACAACUCAUUAUUUGUUCAACAAUUGACAUACAAUUGAUUUGUUAUAUACUAUAAACGAAAUUUCAAUUGCAAUAAAGACCUAAUCGGAUCUCUUUUCUCCUUGUGCAUAUUUGAUCUGUUUUCCCAAGCAACCCUGAAAUUGUCUAGCUGCAACGAUAUUCUACCAAUUACAACUGCAAGCGUAAAAAGAGCAUUUUCAGUUUUGAGUUGUAUUAAGAACAAGUUUCCAAGUCGAUUUGGCGACUAGUUUGCUAAUGCUUGUUUAGUGAGAUACAUUGAAAGUGACUUAUUUCAUAGUGUAGACAACGAAUGUUCUUGCAUUUCUUUCUCAAUAUGAAACCCCUUCGUGAUUGUUUAAGAGAACAAUAAUUGUAUAGUCGGUUAUUUUCAUCUAUGAAUGAAUUAUUUAAAUAUAAAUAAUUUUAUUAAAUAAUUUUUAAUUAAAUAUUUCAAUAUUUAUAUUAUGAAAAGAGGACAUGGGUGGUUUGAAAUGUUGCCUCCGCCACUGGUUGGAAUGAUAUAAUUCCGAUGAGCAAUGGUAUGCAAAUAUGUAGACUUGAAUAAUACGCUCUUAUUAGCUUGUCGAGUAUUCAUAAGGAGUGAGAUCGUCUCGGACUUAUACAUUAGCUUUUCCUGACAUAAAAAUGAGGGGAUUGAUAAGCUUUUAUCUUCCGAUUUUCAAAAACAAUAGUUAGUGACAUUUAGGGUUCACAAACAACUAUAAUAUGUGAAUCAUGUGUUGAACAAAUGUUGAAAAGUGAGAACAUCAACAUAGUAAAAGUCUUUUUUCAACCUCAUAGAGAUUUUUCGUGAUUUUCUUAAUCAGUCUUCAUCGGUCUGAUUCUCGGCUUCGCUACUGCCUCUUCAUAUAUAAUUAGGGACUUUUAAAAGUUAUUUCAAGCUACUUUGUGAUCAAUAUAAAAGCACGGUUAGCUUGCUAACUAUAAAGAGGUUGGCACAGUACAAUCAUAGUUGUAGUCAUUGUUUUUGCCCUUGUAGAAUUACAACUUUAACGGAAUUGUAACGAUAAUCAUGUUUAAUUUGUGCAAUUUUAAGACCACAAUUGUAGUCAUUAUUUUCCGUUCGAAUAGUUUAUUUUUACAGCGGUAUAACUACAACUACAACACAAAUUAUGUGACAUCACCAAAUUGCAUGCAAUACACUUACACGCCAACACGACCGAGAUCCUUUCCGGGUGGAAGUGGAACCCAUAAAUAGGUUCUAUUAUUUACUAUACACCUUGUACAAGCCACGUAUUUUAAUUUAUUUAUUUACACUCAAGUUUGAUAUAUAUUUUCAUCAUUUAUUGGACAAUAAAGGUAGAAAAUUUUUUAAUCUUUUUAUAUUAGUUUCAACGGAAUCAUCAUAGUGUCAACAUUUUGUCGGAUGAAAACAAAAAUUGUUCCCAUAAAAGAGUGUUUAAUGCUUAUUGUGGUUGCCAUUAACCAAUCACUCAUAAUUAUCAAUGGGUCAUAGACUCUCUCCCAAGUUCAAUGGUAGUGUCUAGUGUGGUAAAAAACAGAAUUCUAAAUGAGUGGAUUUCCUUGAAUUGUAGAAAUUAAGGAAGGUGGACUAACGUCUUGUCGAAUAUCCUAAUUCUUGAUUUUGUACAAAAUUUACCUGUAAUUUUAUAUAUAUUUCAAAGUUGAAGAGAGAUUACAACCUCUUCUAUCUUCAACCUAGCUCCACUGUGAGUAUGUAACAUGAAAACAAGCUAUUAUCUGCGACAAAAUUAGUGGUCGAACCAGAAGUCCGAGAGAGAAAGAAGCAUUAAGUUCGAGAGCAUCAAAUCGUGGAAAGUUAGGAAAGGGUCAAAUCCAUUACAAGCUUCACUAUUUUUUAUUUAAAGUUACAAGCUUUACACAUAUUUGUAUCUAACUUUAGAAGUUCAAAAAGGGUUAUGAUCUCUCCUUAGGGACUCAAUGUAGUUCCCUUUUAGUUGGCUAAUAAUUUUGACCUAACUCAUAAGAUUGUUAAUUUUGAUCGUCAACGACUUUAUUAGGACUCGAUCGUACAACACAACGAAUAAAUGUUUCUAAUGUGUCGAAAAAAAAACACCCAAAAAAGAUAUUUUGACGAUCAUAAUUAUUAUUUCGAAAUCAACGUAGGAAAACCGCCGAACCGAGAACCCAUUUGAAGUAACCCUCCCCCUUUAAAUUUCCCUUCUCUCGUUUCCCUCCCUCGCCACUACUUCCCCACUUUCAACUUUCCAAACCUCUGUUCUGUUCGAACUUUCCUCUGUUUUCCCCCCCUCGUGACCCACAAAAAUGGCAUCACCAACCUCCCAACGAACCAAUAAAUUCACCACUCUCCGCCUCAGAUUCCUGAUGAUCAUGUUGCUCUGCCAUACACCACACGAAUCCAAGCUCUUCUCCGCCAACCAAAACCACCAAAAGAUCUUCUCACCGCCACCACCGCCGCAGCAGCAGCAGCAAGACAGCAAUCCUCACGCCGCCUUCGACACACUAGACCUCGACGGCCACUUCAGCUACCAAAACACUGCACACGCUGCUCGGGACUUCGGCAACCGGUUCUUCUUCCGGCCAGCAGCUGUCCUCCACCCGAGUUCGGUCUCCGACAUCGCUGCCACGGUGAAGCACGUCUACGAAAUGGGCCCGCUCUCGGGGCUCACCGUGGCCGCCAGAGGACACGGCCAUUCCCUGCAGGGCCAAUCGCAAGCUGACGGCGGGAUAGUUGUCAACAUGGAGUCCCUGACUCGACGGCCGAGUCAGGGGCAUCUUCGUGGUGGUGGUGGUGGUGGUCGUUAUGUCGAUGUGUCGGGUGGAGAGCUGUGGAUCGAUGUCCUGAAGGAGACGCUCAAGCACGGGCUGGCGCCGAAAUCGUGGACGGAUUACUUGCAUCUCACCGUCGGAGGGACGCUUUCCAACGGCGGGAUCAGCGGCCAGGCAUUCAGGCAUGGCCCCCAGAUCAACAACGUUCAACAAUUGGAGGUUGUCACAGGUAAAGGAGAGGUGGUUACCUGUUCUGAGAAGCAGAAUGCAGAGCUGUUCUUCAGUGUGCUUGGAGGACUUGGACAGUUUGGGAUCAUAACUCGAGCAAGAAUCUCUCUUGAACCAGCACCCAACAUGGUGAGAUGGAUUCGAGUUCUGUACUCGGAUUUCUCCAAGUUUUCCACUGACCAAGAACAUCUGAUAUCCCUUGACGAAUCAUUCGACUACAUCGAAGGAUUCGUGAUCAUAAACCGAACUGGCCUCCUCAACAACUGGAGAUCCUCCUUCCAUCCCAAGGACCCAGUUCAAGCUAGCCAAUUCGUUUCAGAUGGGAAAACUCUCUACUGUCUGGAAGUUGCCAAGUACUACAACUCACACCAUGACGACGCUGAAACUAUCGACAUGCAAAUCCAAGGCCUAUUGUCAAAGCUGCACUUCAUUACCUCCACCCUUUUCGUCUCUGAAGUUCCCUACCUCGGCUUUCUGGACAGAGUCCAUGUCGCCGAGAUGAAACUCAGAGAGCAGGGUUUGUGGGAAGUUCCACAUCCAUGGCUAUGCCUUUUCAUUCCGGGAAGCAAGAUGGAUCAGUUUGCAAGUCAGGUGUUUGGCAGCAUUGUCACAGACAGUAGCAAUGGUCCAAUCCUCAUUUAUGCACUCAACCAGUCCAGGUGGAACAACAACAUCAAGAGAACAUCUUUGGUCAUUCCAAGAGAAGAUGUUAUUUACCAUGUCUCGUUCUUGGCAUCAGCAGUGCCAUCUUCCACUGGAAAAGAUGGUCUGGACUACAUUUUAGCACGAAACCAACAAAUACUAGACUACAGUUCGGGUGCCGGUAUAGGGUUGAAGCAAUACUUGCCUCAUUAUACCACCCAAGAAGACUGGAAGGGUCACUUUGGGCCCAAAUGGGAAGUUUUUCAAAAGAGGAAAUCGACUUAUGAUCCUUUGGCAAUCCUAGCACCUGGACACAGAAUCUUUAAGAGGCAAUACGAAAUCCGAAAGCAAAGCAUCACUGAAGGGCUCUUGAAGAAAACAUGAAGCCAUAGUUAGCUAAAAGCUAGUUUGUAAAUGAUUACAGGCCAAGUCCUAUAAUAGUAGGUUUGAUUCCACAGAGUUCAUUAUUAGGACAUAACAGUGGGAAUAACCGAAAACAAGAUUUCGCUAGUUAACCUGAUCAUGUUUAACAAAAGGGGCCAUUUAGAGAAGAUAUUGUAGUAUUAGCUUCACUAAAAAGUGAGGUUGAAU